AAUAAAAAACAAACAAAAAACAUUAAGUACACAUCACUUCCUGCUAGUUAUCGAUGAAUUCAACACAAUGAAUAUAAAUUGUGUAUGGAGUUAAUUAGUUAGGAAAUUAUAAUUAUGUGUAUGUCUAUAGUAUGACAAAAAAAUAUUUAAUUUAAGCUAACAUCACAACGUUGAAUCAAAGAUAAAAAACGAGUAGUGAUAUUCCAAAAUGGAAAGUAUCAAUAUCGGGCUAAGUAAAGUGAGUCCAGAUCACAUUUGUCGAAUUUGUUUGCAAGAAAAUGUUGAAUUGAUUUCAAUAUAUCAAGAAACGCAAAGUGGCGUUACUAUAGCGCACAUAAUAUCCGAAUGUACUCGAUAUCCUGUUAAAAAAGGCGAUCCCUGGAUACCACAAAAAAUUUGUAAUUUCUGCAUGGGAAAGGCUCAAGAUGCAUUUGAUUUCAAACAAAGUGUUGAGAGAGCUUAUGAUUCAUUAAGAGGGAUAGCAGGGAAUAAGCUCGAAUGCGUUCCUACAAGUCAACGAAGGGAUUAUGGUACACAGACGGAUAGACUAAGCCUCCACCCUUGUGAAAUGUGUGAAAUGAAAUUUUUUGAUUUAAUGGAACUGCGCCAGCAUCGCAAACAAGUACAUCAUAACAGUGAUUUUCAAUGUCGGAUUUGUGGAAUGCGCUUUGAGCGCAUUAGACAAUUACGUAGUCACUUAGUUCACAAGCACCCAAGUAUAGGCAUUGCAUUGGACAUACAAUGUACAAUAUGCCGCAAAAGGUUUUCCCGUAGGGAACAUUUAAAUCGUCACAUGCGAAAUGUACACCAUCAACCUGAAACAACCUCAAGCCCUAGAGUAUCUCUUAAAGAACCGGAAAUUGAGAUAUCAAAUCGUGCAGCGAAAAAGAAUCAAAAUGCCGAAUUGGAAGAAGUUGAAUCAAGAAAUUUGGCAGAACAUACAUCACAAGCCGACAAUGUCAGAAUGACAGAUAAGAUUUGCAAUUUAGCCGAAGUGGAUAAUUUUUUUGGCUCAUCUCAUUUUCUUGAAUGUGGGCCAGACAUUGAUGAUGAAGCCGAAAGCGAUAUUAAUAUGAAUACAAAUCCUAUUUCAAGUGAUGAUGAAGGCCUUGAUGGUUUCAAGUUUACAGAUGAUAUGUUACCUCAAUUAAAAUUAGAACACGAAUCUGACGUGAAAGUUAAAUGUGAAUUUGGUGGCUCUGACGAUGAUUUCGAAACAAAUCCCAUGUCUCCGGAUUGGGAGCGAAGUCAUUCGCCAGUUGUGAGUAAUAAAAUUAAAGAAGAGACCGAUUUGUCCACCGAUCGGAACAUUUCAGAGUCGGCUAAUUUGAAGAACAUGUCUAGCAGAAAUGAAGAUUUGGAAAGUGAUAUUAUAGAUCGUCGACGCAUCACAGAAGUGGUCGACCAGUUUCUUGCUCAAAAUUCCGCUGUGGAUCAAACGGCAAAUUCAGAAAACCGGUGCACAAAAUGCCAACGAACCUUUUCAAGGCAUUGCCAUCUACGGCGUCAUAUGUUAACACACGUUGAGGAAAAGGCACACGCAUGUAGCUUUUGUCCUAAACGAUUUGCACGUAGUGACCAUUUGAAGAAACACGUUUUGAACUUACAUCACACAAAGGAAUUCAAAUGCGAUCAAUGUAAUAGCGCUUUUGCUCGUUCGGUAGAUCUAACCAAACAUAUAGAGACUCGUCAUGGUAGUGAUCCUCAGGCUCAUAAAGUUCAUACGUGUGAAUAUUGUGGGAAAAAGUUUACAAGUAAAACUUAUCUUCGCAAACAUAUCCUCAUGCAUACUGACCGAGUGUUUGCCUGCAAAUUUUGCGAUGAUACAUUUAAAGAACGUAAAGUGUUGCGCGAACAUGAAAAAGGACAUCAUAGUGACCGUCGAAACUUUCUUUGCUCGGUGUGUGGAGAAAGUUUUGUGCGCAACGAUUAUUUACGUGUACAUAUGCGACGACAUAAUGGGGAGAAACCAUACAAAUGCCAAUAUUGUGGAAAAGGGUUUCCGCGAGCUACAGAUGUGAAAAUACAUGAAAGAUAUCAUACGGGCACUAAACCUAACCUAUGCAAUUUAUGUGGCAAAGGAUUUCAUCGUGCGUACAAUCUCACUAUUCAUAUGCGCACGCAUACAGGAGAGCGGCCAUUUAAGUGCGAGGAGUGUGGUCGGGGUUUUGCUCAAAGCAAUGAUUUGAAAGCUCAUAUACGGCGGCAUACAGGAGAACGAUUCAAGUGUUCAGAAUGCGACGCUGGAUUCCUUCAAAUGUAUGCUUUGCGGCAGCAUGCGCAUACAGCUCAUGGUAUAUAUAUGGAACCUGCAACUGGACGGUUACAAAGGUUUACCCCAUCUGAAACCACUGUAGCUGUUGCGGAGACUUUGACAAACAACAAUUUAUCGCAAAAUCAUAGCGAUCAAAUACAACUGAUGCAGCAACAAAUAUCACAAACGCAAAUAUCAAAUAGUUCUCUAAUACCAACGGCUCCUUCCUCCGUGUAAAAUAAAAUUGUACAUCCAAUUUAUAUCAAAGAUCUGAAUAUUUACCCUUACCUGUAAAAUUGAAUACUUAA